UAACUGACGAGGUCAUUGUUGAUCAAUCAAGCGGAUCCAGCGUUGGGUGGCGUAUCCUUGUGUGGACAUUUUGACGUGGUGAAUUUUGAAGGAGUGGAGUUGUUCGUGACAAGUAGGUAUCGGCCUAGCGAUUGUGCACAGGGUUGUGAACUUGACGAAGAGUGUUACGUGGACAAUACAUUCAUAUUAGUGAUUGUGACUCCUUCGUGGCACAGAUGGAGCUCACCUGCUCAGCACGCUUGCUCUGUCAUGAGUCUGGUCUGUCUUUUCUCGGUCACGCGAGGAAGCUAAAUCUUGCUCCAAAAACUCGUCAAGCCAGUGCAGCUACUACUCGAGUCUAUCGUGCUCCAUCAGCUGUUCAGCAAUCCGCAAAGAAAGAAUCGAAGCGGGCUCGGCGACCUGAAAAUGUAGAGGGCGAGUUCUAUGUUGAUCAUACGUGUAUUGACUGUGAUACGUGCCGCUGGAUGGCUCCAACUGUGUUCAAGCAUUCAAAUCCUCAAUCAGCCGUGUACCACCAGCCAGAAUCUCCGGAGGAAAGAUUAAAGGCUCUUCAGGCUCUCCUGUCAUGUCCAACGUCGUCUAUUCAUACUGAGCGCCCUCCUAAAGACAUUAAGCAGGCGCAUGAUUCAUUUCCCAUUCCUGUGGAUGCUGACGAAAUUCAGGGAGUGUACCAUUGUGGAUAUCAUUCAGAGUCGUCAUUUGCUGCAAGCUCGUAUUUCAUUACUCGCCCUGAUGGAAACAUUCUCAUAGACAGUCCUCGCUAUUCGGAGAAUUUGGCGAAGAAGUUCGAGGCAAUGGGUGGGAUACGCUAUAUGUUUCUAACGCACAAAGACGACAUAGCAGAUCACAAGCGUUGGCAAGCUCGAUUCAACUGCGAGCGUAUUCUACAUGAACUUGAGGUGCAGCCGCAGACGGAGUGUGUGGAAAUAAAACUACAAGGCCAAGGUCCAUGGAACUUCUUAGGCCCCGACAUUGAUCUUAUCUUCACUCCUGGUCACACAAGGGGACACGUCUGUUUACAUUACAAGAAAGGGAAUGGUGUUCUUUUUUCUGGUGAUCAUUUGGGAGGUGACGAAUCUAGUGGACUGGAGCUCUCAGCAAACAUGGCUAUAACUUAUAAUUGGUAUAAUGUAAAUAUCCUGCUUGAGAGCUUGCAAAAGCUACUCCCUCUGGAGUUUACAUGGCUGUUACCAGGUCAUGGACGAAGACGACAUUUCAGUAGCUUAGAAGAAAGGGACGUCAUCAUCAAGGAAUUUUUGGCGCGGUGCCGCGUAUUGAUUUCAAACUGAGGAAGAGUCAAAGUGUAUAACGAUGUUAAUUUGACAGUUGUAUCACUUUGUGUAUAGCACUUGUAUAAUAUUUAUAUUCUCUAUGUGCAACGGGGUACUCAUAAAAUUAUGGAUUGGCUUGCGAAAACGAAAACAGUGAACACAAGUGAAAAACUGCUGGAUAUAUAUAUAUAUAUAUAUAUAUAUAAUUUUCCUCGCCUUUGAAACAGAUUCGUAGACUGAGCAUCGUCAAGUGCGACUCAGAAGGUUCUGUGGAUUAGAAACAUGUGAACAACCUAUCGUCAUGUAAAAAAACAAAACCUUUUAUUUUACUCAGUAUGAAAUGGUCCACCUCUUUUCUCUUGAGAACA